UUGCUAUCAAUACGAAUUCGAAUCUGUAAAAUUCUCAGAGAUCCUCUCACUGUUUAAUAAUUUUUAAUGCCCUUUAAAAUCGUUAAAUCUGAUAUUUUUUGGAAAUUAUAAAAUCUUCCUGUGACUGGAUUAACUUGAUCCAUUUUCAAGCCACUCCAGUCCAGUCUCGACCUUCAUGUACUUCAUGUUAAUUAUAAGCUUAUAACCUCCUCUAUUCCAAUAUAUUUCGCAUACGUGUAACCUACUAAAUUUGGUACUUGGAGAUUCCUGUCCUGUUCUACAUAUUGUAGAAGAAAGAUUUGGGUUUUAUAAACCCUAUUUUUGUAAUUAAACUUGACAUCAGCUUUAUACUUUGAAAAUAUGAUGACAGACAGAAUAGCCCCCAACCAUUUGACUCUUAAUACCAAACUAGAUAUCAACCCAAAAAUGGAUAAUAAAAUUGACUCGAAAAUGGAUGAUUUAGGAUGGAAAGCCAAAUUAAAAAUCCCUCCAAAAGAUCACAGAAUACAGACAAGUGAUGUAACAGACACAAGAGGCAAUGAAUUUGAAGAGUUUUGCUUGAAACGAGAAUUGUUAAUGGGUAUUUUUGAAAAAGGUUGGGAGAAACCCUCACCUAUUCAAGAGGCAGCCAUUCCAAUUGCCCUGUCGGGUAAAGAUAUACUUGCCAGGGCCAAAAAUGGAACAGGUAAAACUGGUGCCUACUCAAUACCAGUGCUGGAACAAAUAGAUCCAAAAAAAGACUGUAUUCAAGCAUUGGUUAUUGUACCUACAAGAGAACUGGCAUUGCAGACAUCUCAAAUAUGUAUAGAGCUUGCCAAACAUUUGCAGAUACGUAUAAUGGUGACAACAGGAGGCACAAACUUACGCGAAGACAUAAUGCGAAUCUAUCAGAAAGUCCAAGUGAUAAUUGCGACACCCGGCCGUAUCCUGGAUCUCAUGGAGAAGGGCGUGGCCCAAAUGGAUCAGUGCCGGAUCUUAGUAUUAGACGAGGCGGACAAAUUGUUGUCGCAAGAUUUCAAGGGGAUGCUCGACACUGUGAUUAAAAAUUUACCGACAAAAAGACAGAUUUUGUUGUUCUCCGCCACGUUCCCUUUGACAGUCGAGCAGUUUAUGAAAAAACACUUGAGGGACCCGUACGAGAUUAAUCUGAUGGAGGAGCUGACCCUCAAAGGAGUCACGCAAUAUUACGCUUUUGUGCAGGAGCGCCAGAAAGUCCAUUGUUUAAAUACUCUCUUUUCUAAGUUACAAAUAAACCAAAGUAUUAUAUUUUGUAAUUCGACUCAACGAGUGGAGCUGUUGGCGAAAAAGAUAACCGAACUGGGCUACUGUUGCUACUACAUACACGCGAAAAUGGCGCAGGCGCACCGUAACAGGGUAUUCCACGAUUUCAGAUCGGGCCUGUGCAGAAAUUUGGUUUGCUCAGAUCUGUUCACAAGAGGUAUCGACGUGCAAGCCGUAAACGUCGUAAUCAACUUCGACUUCCCAAAAAUGGCCGAGACUUAUUUGCACCGUAUCGGUCGUUCGGGCCGUUUUGGUCAUCUCGGUAUCGCGAUCAAUCUAAUCACGUACGACGAUCGCUUCGCGCUGCACCGCAUCGAACAAGAAUUGGGCACCGAAAUCAAACCGAUACCGAAAGUGAUCGAUCCGAAAUUGUACGUGGCCCGGCCGGGAGAAGAAGACGAAGACCAACAGCCCCUGCAACAGUCCAAGUAACGAUCUUGUUAAUAUCAUUCUUAUUGUACAUAAUUCAAGACUAUAAUAACUACAGAGAUUUUUUUAUUAUCAUAUUAUCGGAGAAUUUACGUUUUAAUUUUUUUAUAAUGUGAAAAAAAAAGUACGAAGAUGAAAAAUGAAGAUUUGGGAGAAGAAUAUUUAUUUUUAAGUGAAUAGUGCGCGCGCUCGUACGAGGAGGCGUUGAUAAAGGGCGGUAAGGCGGCGGGCGUUUUAGGGGCGGCAGGUCGAACGUUCGCUCGCGACAAAUAAUCUGUGAUAAUUUAUUUUCAUUGAAAGAGUCACGUUUCAUGCCUAUUCCGGCUGGUGCAUUUAGGUGGUAAAGUAGGUUUUGUGAUUAAAAAAAAAAACGAACUAUUUCUAUAAAAUGUUUUUUUGCGUGUCUUGUCUUAGACGUCUAAGUCGUUCUAGUGACUGAUCACCUCAUCAGAAUGGGUUGAAAAUAAAGAAAAAUUCUUAUUCUAUUUCGCUCACCUCCUAUUUUGUUUCUUGCUAUUCGAUCUAGUUAUCUUCAAAUUUAAUAAACUGUACAGCAGUUAUCGGCGGUAAUAUUUGGCAAUUGUGUUAAUGCUUUGAAGCCAAAUACAAAAAACAAAAUACACAUACGUCGAACAAAAUGUGGUUCCAUAUUAUUUUUAACCACUAGGAAAUUAUUAACUAUAUACCAAAAACAAAAAUCAAAAAACUUUAAAUUUAAUGAAAGAAUUGGGUUUUUAUGUUAGGCAAAGUCACACAAUGCCAAUGCCAGACCAAUUCAAUCUUGUGUACAGUGGGGCCGUGCCCCAGAGUUGCAAGGGCACGUCUUUUGAGCUAUAAAUAGAGGAAGAUGUGUGCACAUUUGUCGAACUUUAUUUUAGGUAGAACCAAGGGCUUAUAUUUAUUUGGAGCUGCUUGUUAACGGGUUCUGCUUAAUUAUCAGCAUGAAUAUGACACGACAUAAAAUAUUGCAGAUUGGUGCCCGGUUUCUAUAUGUAAUUCAGGCAUUUACAGCAGUUAAGUCUAUAAAGUGCCGGAAUAACUAGACUUUCUUUGUAUAAUGUGACAUAUCUGACUGAUCCACAUGUGCAUUAUUAUGUUUAACAAGCUCUAAAUAUCCUAUUUCUUUAUCUUUUUGUUUUCUAGAAAAAGUUUACAAAUGCAAAUUACUUGAAAAUAGCUGGGGUUUAUUAUCGACCGACUUGACAUAAAAAAUUUCGUCACUUGUUCCUUUCACUAUUUUAUCGUGCACAGGCUUAAAUGUUUUCUUUUAAUAGAUGAUGCAACAAGGGAAUUGUGAAAAGUUUUCAAAAAAUAUUUUCCAAUAAGUGGACGUGAGGGAUGGAAUUAUCUUUGUAACUCCUUUAAAAAAAAAAUAUUUAACAUGAUUCUAUACAAUAAAAGGGUUUGAAAAGGGGUUUGAAUAUCUAUUUAAAUAUGAUCUUAACUACUAGAAAAUUAAAAGAUGAGUGUGUGGUAAAACUAAUAUUAGAAACGCUUAUUUAGUUAUAAUAAUAUUAUCAGAAUCAGAAAUAUUGUUUGGUCAUCAGAAUUAUCUGAAAUUGUUUUAAAAGUGCAAGUAAUCUCUUUACGACUCUGGAACAUAAGCUUUCUUUCACUCUAUCAGAUUUGCAGGUCUAAACUUAAAGCUCUUAUAUAUCCGGACUGGGUCGUGCGUAUCCAUAUUUUAUAUCCCCUUUUUGAAGGAGAAUAUAUUAGUGAAAUCCGAUCCCGCCGUUUACCAUUGAUUCGUCCAUGCUUUAAGCAUUCGUUUGCUUCAUAGUGCCUCAAAAAGGUUUAUGAUAAAAUGUCAAUCAUCGGUCGAGGUUAUACGAGUCGGUCAAGGUAUAUAUAAUUUGUCAAAAACUGCUUUGGCCGGUUUUGGGUUGUACAGAAUGGUCAUUCAUGUGGAAAUUGCUCAAAAGCCAAUUCUAUCCAAAAGCCCUGUAUAUUCGUUGGACCCAACCGACUUCCACCAAAUCGCUGGAUUGCGAAGUUGGUUUGAAAAACAAGUAUUUUUAAAAGGUCUUGCGUAAACAAGCAAACAAAAAUAUGGGUGGGUGAUUCAGCAUCCUCGGAAAUGCAAGGACUAAAACUCUCAGUAAACGGAUGAAAUUUGUUUACAAAACAUGCAUUUUUAGUCCAUUCCACCCAUUAAUUAAUAAAUUCCGCAAAAUAAGGGGUAGGAUCAAAUUCAUGGUAUAUAUUAUUGCAUGCCAUUGCUUCAUCAUUUCUCAUCAGUAAGAUUCUUUCCAACUGGUGAUCAUAGUUGAUCUAAGUUGUUUGCAGAAAGCGCUUCUGAAUUAAAAGGAGCAACAUCUGACGGAAGUUCCUCCAAUUGUAACACUUAAUAAGCAGAACACCCUUGCAUCUAGUAAAUUUUGACGCUACGUGGCUCACUUCUCACAAGUGACCUGUCAGACCCGAUCGUAUUGUUCGCUCAAGUAAUGGAAAUUCUAGGUUUAGAAAAAAAUGUAUUGUGAAAAAAACCUAUAGGAUCUUGUAAUAGUUUAACUUCUUUUAGAGUUUUCUGUUCGUUCCCAAGGUUCUAACUAAAUUUGUAUCUAAUAACUGUGCUCUAAUGUCACACUGGUAUAAAAGUUAUCUGUAUAGUACGUCCAAUAUUUAAUAAAUUUUCCGCAAAACAAAAUACUGCAUAAUGUGGAACCGUUUUAUUUCCAACCUUAUCGGUCGUAAAAAUAACCACCAUUCAAGCAAAGUUUAUAUAAUUUUACCCUGAACUUAUUCUUUAUUUUUUAUAUAUUGUCUGAAUCACAAUCGUCCUCUAAACGGAACGAAAGAUUUAUGUAUACAGAUUUAUUCUUCUGCUACUAUCACUUUUUGAGAAUUGGGUAUCAACUCCUGCAAAAGGGGUGAUCAUUUAUAGAUUCUUGUUUCAUCUUCACAACACUGAUCUUUUAGCAGUUGAUACUGCAAAACUUCUGAGGAUGACCUGACGUGACGAUGCAGGUAAAUGUUGCAUUACUUUAGGCCGUUUGGGUUUAGGAACAUUUUCACUUGAGAAAAAAUCACUGGUUUCUUUAUGACAAUUCGGUUAAAAGUGUUUAUCGCCUACACUAUCAUCGUUAUUUACAUCUGAUAAAAAAACUUUGCACUUUCUCCUGUUCCGUGUCAUAGGCCAUGUGUAUGUGACCCACGACUGCAGUUUAGUCUAUAAUGGGCAAAAUAGGCUAGUUUAGAAUAUUGCAUUAUUUAUUGAAAAGCACGUAUACAUCACAGGGACCACCUAACCAAAAAUCUUCACUAGGACCGUGAGAUGCGUACAUGGAUCAGUUUAAAACGUACAGUUUAAAAUGCAUUAAAAACAAAACUAAAUAAGAAAAAACUAGUUGAAUUUAUAAAAAAGUGUUUUAACAAUUCUUAAAAACUUUGGCCUCAGGAUAUUACAUUGUGACAGUUAAAUGUAACAUUGUAACGUGUUAAAUCCAAAUAUCGUAUACUAACAGCCAUAAAAAAAUAAAUGUUAACACUAGUUGUUUAAAUCAUUCAGGCGCCGUUAUUUCAUUAACGAAUAUAUUGCGCACGACGGUUUCCCGAAAAAUACAAGAUAAUAUUGAUGCGCUAAUGAUGCGAAGAAUGUGUGGUUCCAGAUUCGUGAUACUUUUAUGGAACCACAUAACCGCAAAGGGCUAAAGUGCUGAUCAAGGAUACCCAAUGAAGACAAAGCCGAAAAAGUGAAUUGUAAUUGAUCGCUAAACUAAAUAGGUGUGAGCGGAAUGAAAUUUUUAAAAAAUUGACCAAUUUUCAACCAAAAGUCAGGCCAUAAAAAAAUGCAUUUUUGUUGUAACUUUCUCUCUAAUUUAAUUAAUGCUUAAUUAACCCUAAUAAAACACCUAGUUUCCUAAAAACUAUAAAACAUACCUUCGAAUUGAUUACUAUUGGUUUUCAUUCAAUAUUUCUAUCGACCUAAAUUAACCAGCCUACAUUUUUAGUAUUAAAGCAAAAAACAAACCACAGAGCGUCCGUUCGACCGUUUUUAGAAAAGUUCCCCGUUACCCGAAGCUUUAUCUAAACUGCUUCUAAAACCCGUACGGCGUUACCGUCGUUUUUUAUUUUUGGCACUACAUUUCGUCAGUGCGACUCGGCUGACUCUUCAACAACAGAACCUCCGUCCAAUCGGGUCGCGCUGUUCGAAUAGCGUACGAGUGGCGGCAAAAUUUAAUAUAAUUAUAUUGAUAGAAAGUGAAUCAGUGGGAGAACAUGGACUCCGUGCAACUGGUGGAAAGACUGAUAAAUGAUGUGAUUUUUGUCUGGGAAAACGGUGAAAAAAUGACAAAGUCAGUUUUUGUUUCUUUUUUUCUGCGUAUCUUAGGAGGUUCUCGGUUUCGGUCCCGAACGUUUUGUCCGUUUAAACCUCUGCGAGGUUGUGAUAUGUAUAUGAGGACGUAUCAGAUCUGUAAUAGUAUUAUUAAAAUAUGUUGCCGUUUUUGUUUUUUUUUUCUUUUGGUUUUCCGGGGGUUUUCAAAAAUUGUUUCUAACUUGGCAACGCGGCAAUUAACUUCAGAAUUUGAUUCUUUAUAUCAAAGAGGGGGGGAAUAUUCUGGCCUAUAUUGUAGGCUAAAAGAGAGAUUGCGUGCAUAGCCAAGACUAAAAUCAGUUUUUUUUUUCUUAAUUCAUUCAGCUUUAUAUUUUUGGGGUAACGAGCCUUGGCCGUGUACGCAAAACAGAUGUAUUUUGUUAUAAAAAAAAAUAUUAAAAAAGUGAAGAGUCUUUGUUUUUUUAUAUUAUACCUAUAAGUGCAAUAACUGUUAUUGUCUUAAAAAUUAUUUAUUGUAUGAUUUGUUAUUGUAUUUAUUUUGAUAAGUAUUAAGGUGAAUCAAUUUGUUAUCAGUUAAUAUUAGUUUGAUCAAAAAAUCGCACCAUAGUGAAAUUAAAAUACCAAACUCUUCACACAA